AUGUCAAAAUACGGAAUGACAUUGGAAGAUAAGUUUGGAAAAUUUACUGUAGAUGAACAUGGAUGUAAUUCUACAAAAAAUAUAGAAAAUUUGCAAUUGAUUGUUCAAAUGAUAGGUGGAAAUUCUAUAUUGAAAACAGAUGAAAGUUUUUAUGCUCAUAUGUUGUUUACAUCUUUUGAAGCUCAAAAAACUAUAUUAAAUGAAAUUAAUCUAGUAAUCCUAAUGAUUAUCAAGAUCACCAACAAUGACAACAAAAAUAAUGAUACUAAUAACUGGAUUCAAUUUGGCAAACGUAUUUUUAAUUCCAUGAAAACAAUUCAUCAAAUUAUUCAUCAAAUCAUGGCAAAAGACUUGAAAGAAGCUGAAAAAAAUAAUUUGAAUUUUGUUAGCAUAUCAUUGGACCUUUUGGAGAUUGAAUAUACAUUUAAUAAAUUUAAAUUUUUAGGCAUUAACAACACAGAUUGUUACGCUUUUCAAUUGGAGAAAGAUGAAAUUACAAAAAAUUUGAGCGAUAUCAUCAAUAAGAUAUCUAAGAUAUCUACAAGCAUCACGAAUUCCAAACCCAUUAAUAAUCAUGUCACUACAAAAGCAGAAAUGUUUUGUAAAGAUAUUGAAACUUAUCAAAAACUUAUCAAUCAAAAACUUUUUGCAAAAAUAGAAAACCUUGAUGUAAUAUUGAGACAACUUUUUAAUGAAACAGUUACAAAUAUUUUAGCUGUUUACCAUAUUUCUAAAUUUAAAUUUGUUGGAAUUAUUGGUGACGAAGAUAAAGAUGAAAAUUUUGACAAAGAAUUGCUUGCUAUUGGUGAUAACAAACUAAUUACUGAAAGAUUUUGA